AUGGGUGGUCGUAUCGCGGGUGAUAACAAACAUACCAAUCUUUUACAGAAGAGUAGUAGCUACAAAAGGACAACAUUUCCCGACCAAUUAUUUAUACCAGCGUGCAAUACGAUCAUCCAACCAAUGUUUAUCUCACCACCUUGUAACAAAACAGCUUCAGAAAACCUUUACAAAAGUCAGAUGAAUGAAUUUUCCGUAAACUUGAUACUAACCGGAUCAGAUCUUUCCCGAUGCAGUUCAGUUAGCAGGAUCCAGCCAGUACCCAUAUAUUUAGUGUUGAAACGGCGAAUUGAUAGAAAAAUGGUGAAUGUGAAGAAGGGCGUGUUGGUACGUUGUGAUCCAGCUAUGCGUCAACUACUGGUGUAUCUCGAUGAGUCACGCGCGUUAGGGUCGAAGUUCGUAGUGAAGGAGUUAGAUGAAACGCAUAUCUUGGUCGACAAGGAGAUUGUACCAAUUCUCGAACAGAAACUCGACCAAAUGAUGGAAUCACUCUCUCCUGAUCUUAGCGACAAGUAA